AUGGAGGAAAAUGGACUCGAAAUUCUGCAGGAGAUCAUGGAAUGCGGCAUCCUGAAUUCCAGCCCACACAGAAAGAUAGCUGCAAGGCCUGUUAAAUACACAGCACCUGAUACAGGCGAUGCUGGGUGGAAUACAGACACAGAUAUGACUGAUCUUUUGGCAGCCAUAGAGAACUGUGGAAUAUUGGACAAAGGAAAGGAGAUUUUAACGGACAAUAAACGGCUGCGUGGAAGGCCGAAAAAGAAAGUUAUCAAAAGAACAGGGAAUCGCAGUACUAAAAAGCAGGCAUGCGCCAAGGAUGGGUUGAAAUCAUCAGCUCGACCUAUCAUACAUGCCACAAUAAGCCCAGUACCUGAGGAUCCACCAACUGACGGGAACGUUGUCGAAGUCAACCACAGCAAUGGAAAGGCGACUGGGAACCAUAAAGAAGUCUCUGUAAUGGUAUCCCCUAUCCAAGGCAGAGCAAAAGCAGGAUGUGGGCAUGAUCAGAAUAGUGGAGCCACAGAAGACACUGAAUUGAUGAAACUACAAACAAAGCAAAAAGGUCGAGGACGUCCAAAAAAACAUGUGGUGGGUUCACGCUUGACAGCGUCAGACAAUAAAGUUUUGAAUAUGGUCGCUGACGCGCACGAUCAUGGGACGGGGAAUAUAAAUUCAUUAUCAAGGAGAGUCGACGAAGAAGAACUCCAGCUGGAUGGUGAACUAGCCAUUGACAUUGCGUCAAUGGCGGUUGACUUGUGCGAUGCUGAGCUGGAUGAAAUAAGGAGGAACCACUUCAUCCUUCCAAAUGCUGCAUGUCCCAUAGUUCCUGUUGGAUUCAUCAUUCAUCAUUCACAACAUUUCUUCGCCGUCAUAUUUGAUUUUAUGCGACACACAGCACACGUCCUUGGUCGCCAUAUUUCGGAUGACGCCAUGCACGUCGAUGGGACCAACCCGAACGACUGGGAGGCGUGGGGAGGGCCUAGAUAUUGGAGGAAUGUUGCAGCGCUACACGGAUGGACGGUAGGAGAUGCCACUGAUGUUUGCAUCAGGGUGCAAGAUUGGGCUCAAAACGGAGUGGACUGCGGCCCGAUAGCAUGCUCCGUGCUGGAGCAAGCUCUAACGUGCGGGCUGGACAGAUAUGGGAAUGUGCCGCCGAUACACAUAAAAUGUGGGCACAUACUGCGCAUGGACAUAUUCCGCAUUGUUUCUGGGCGGAUUGAGAUCAGCUGCAGAGAUUACAUGAUGCUCCUGGACGGUCCCCAAACUCAUUGGAUCGCUCAUGAAAUCCCACAUGAGGAUGUCAUUUCUGCGAUACAGCGCGGGAAGCAAUCGGUCGAAUGCCUGGGUCUGCUGGAGCAACUGGCUGCUUUAAGCGCAAUAUGCGCAGAUUGCAGACACACUGUGCUCAUCCAGGAUCCUGGAGACCGCUUUCACACCGUCGAUGAUCACAAUGUAACCUCCUAUGACGAUGAUAAUCAAUUUGAGGAUGAGGAGGUAGUUGAGCAAUGCAGAGUAUCAGAGG